GGUUUUUUGAACACAAAAUGAGUUGUGGCGUCUGUCCGAUUUGAUACAAAAAUAGUGUUAAUUAUAACCUCAUGUUUUGCGGAAGCUGCGUUUCUUGAAAGAGUUUUAUAAAUUCUGCGAAUACAAUACUAUUUUGUACUUUAUUAGAAUUAAGAGUUCCUAUUGUAUGCUGCCACAGAUUUCAGGAACGUUGAAAUUUUUAAUUUAUAAAAAGUAAAAUGAGGUUUUCUGAGGGUGAUGCUGUACUCGCAAAGCCACCUAAUACGCUGGAGUACUUGAGGGGUAAAGUUCUUAAUGUGAAAGGAGACAAGUAUAAAAUAAAAUUUCCUGGAGGCGAACAAUUUCUUGUUCAUGAAAGUGAUAUUAAGGCAGAAAGAACUUCUAGAAGUACAACCAGAUCACGUGGAAAAGUAACUAGAAAAAGUCCAUCAAGAAACUCUCCUAGCAGAAAAUCUCCCAGUAGGAGGUCUCCAGCCAGAUCUCCUAACACACGUGCAAGAAGAUUACCUCUUCGUAGUACAAGACUCUCAAAGAUAUCAGCUGCUCAAACAGAAACAUCUUCUGCUUAUUCAAACGAUGGGAUUGAAAAAGAUAUUGCAAAAAAGAGAGAUAUCGAUGAAGACAGUCCUACUGAGUUAAUAUCUCUUCAAACACGAUUGAGAGAAACAGGACCAGUGACGCGUAGAUCGAUACGUACAAUGUCAAGUGCUAUUAACUUGGAAUACAAUCAUAAAUUGAUUGUUUUAACCAAAAAAAUUGACCGAGCUGCCUCGCUUCCUGUAGAAAAGAAGAGUCAAUUAUAUGAAUACAUACCUAAGGAAAGAGGAUUUUCAGUACAAAGAGACCAAGACAUAGCCAAAAUCUUGCAUUACGAAGAGGAUACAUUCUCAGAUACACCAGACGUUGUUGAAAAGCCAAAAAAAGAAAUGGAUCUUGUUAGCAAACCCCAAGAAUGGGGUGGUUGGAUCGGAGCAUUAUGCUGUAUAUUUGCCUUACCUGCCAGUGUUAUACUGCCGCAAAUUGCUUGCCAGUACGGACGCUGUAGUUUCACGCAAUACUCUCAAGUACCUACAAACUGGAAAUCAUAUCUAAAUGUCCCAGCUUUCUUACUGUACUCCGGCUUUCUGUUUUUCGUGUCAUUUGUCUCAUCUUUGCCGAUUGGUAAAUUGGUAGACGGUCAACACAGCAAAAUUGGCAUAUUACAGUAUCACAUAAAUGGCAUAAUUGCUGCUAUACUGUCACUUUCAUUACUCGGUAUCAGCGAGUAUAAUGAUUAUGGAAUCAGCGAAUUUAUCUUGCAAAACUCAUUGCAAUUAUCAAUCAGUGGAUGGAUUCUUGGAGCUUUUUUGGCAUUGGUGCUUUAUAUUAAGGGCGGUAGAGCAUCUGUUGCUGUUCUUAACAUGUAUGCAUCAACUGAUAAUGUCAUAUAUGAUUUCUGGCAAGGUAGAGAAAUAAAUCCAAGAUUUGGACCGUUGGAUUUUAAGAUGAUUCUAUGUCGUACUGGUGUAAUUGGAGCGCUCAUUAUAAAUUCUAUUAUGAUUGUCAAAUCAAUAGAAGAGUCCGGAAGCUCAAGUUGGAGCAAAAUGAAUGUAGCACUACUGCUAGCAGCAUCUUUACAGAUAUUUUAUAGCUUGGACACCCUUUUAUUUGAAUCUUCUCUGCUCACAUCCUUUGAAUUUCUAUAUGAAGGAACUGGCUAUAUGCUUUGUGUCGGACACCUACUAUACCCAUUCUUAUCCACACUGAGUACAAGAUAUUUGCUCCAUCACAAAAUUGAGCAGCUGGAGUAUCUGCUAGCUGUGCCUGUUUUGUGUUUCCUGAUUGGCUACAUAUUAUAUAGGUUGAGUAAUUCACAGAAAAAUGGAUUCAGGAAGAAUCCUCUCUCCCCGGCACUUUCUCACUUGGAAACCAUCCCAACACCACGUGGUAAGAAGUUGAUAAUGUCUGGUCUUUGGGGAUUUGUGAGACAUCCAAAUUAUUUGGGUGAUGUGAUAAUGCAAUGGUCUAUGGCUUCAAUGUGUUUGACGAGCCAUUUCCUCGCGUAUUACCCAGCUAUUUGUUGUACAUUGACAUUAAUGUACCGCGCGAUAAGAGACAAUGCGCGUUGUAAAAGGCGUUAUGGCACCGCCUGGGAUGAAUAUUGCUCACGCGUUAGGUUUAUGAUCUUAAAACGAGUCUUCUGAGUACGUCAUUGCCGAGAUUAGGUACUCUGAAUUACGUUUAUAGAAUAUAAAAGUAUUUUUUUAUAUAUAUAAAAGACACACAAUGCUCUCUCUAGUUUUACAAUAUCACAUGUUGCAUAAUGAAAGCAAUGUGCAUUGACAGUUAGUGGUAGGACGAACGAGGAUAUGUAUAUCUGAGUAUCGUCAAACGAUAUUAAUAUAAGUACGUGAAACUGAAAGUGAAUUUAAGGUAGAAUAAUUGUUGAUAAACACAUUUCACAUACAGAUGCAUAAGGAAAUUUACUAAGAGAUUUUAUACUUUUCCAUGAUAUCGAGACAUAAUUAUUAUUAGAUAAAUGGAUUAAUAAAUAAAGUAGUUAAUAGUGAUAAAGUGUACUGAUUAUUCUUCAGAGAGCGAACUUUGAUUAGAAAUUGAGAACACCUUGCCAAGUAAAGAGAGCCAGU